GUUUAGCUUAGCUUAGCUUAGCUUAGCUUAGCUUAGUUUAGCUUAGCUACGCUGAACUGUCACUAGCCGGAAUUCUGCGCAUGCGUAGUGUGAAACCGGGUGAGCAGACACGCAAAGUGCGCAUGCGCAGUGUAAAAUCAACGCCAGCAGGUUGAUUAUAGCAUAGCAUAGCUUAGCAUAGCUUAGCUUAGCAUAGCUAUUACAGGGUUUUGUCUCCAAACUGUUAGUGUGUAAAAUAUGAUUUUAUAACUUGUUUAUUCGUCACUCGAAUUAUUACUGACUGAAAAAAAAUAAUAUACAUUGUCAGCAAAUCAACUUUAUUACAUCAGCGACGCUAGCUUAGCUUGUCAUGCUAUACAGUAAAACUAGCCAGCUAGUCGCAUAGCUUACUGCGUUGCUAUGGUACCAAAAGACCUAAAAUAAUGUCGACUAUCUCAAUUAAAUAGCAGGAAGCUAUUGAGAUUAAGUAGUUAUCUUGUUUUUUGUGUGUUCUUCUCCAUCGGUGUGUUGUUAUAUCGAGUGAAGCUGGAGGCGAGAGUCGGGCACCGCGUGUGCAGAAUCCAGCCCUGAUUUCCGGGAAAUCCCAUCAUCCUGCGUCUCCGUCCUCGUGGCGCAGAGUGAUGACAUCACAGCGGCAAAGGCAUGCCACUUCCCGUGCUCUUCCCGCUCCACAGAACUCCUCCUCGAGGAGCUCGAGCUCACGCUCAGGACCCUCGGCUUCACACGUGCAGCGCGCGUCUCGAUCCGCGGCGUCUUCCUCUCGCUCUGACCACACGUGGCCGGAGGAGGCGGUGGACGACGCGUACGGUCUUUACUCGCUGCACCGCAUGUUCGACAUCGUCGGGACUCACCUCACACACCGCGACGUGCGCGUCCUCUCCUUCCUGUUCGUGGACGUCAUCGACGAGUACGAGCGCGGCGGGAUACGGGACGGACGGGACUUCCUGCUGGCGCUGGAGAGACAGGGACGCUGCGAUGAGACGAACUUCCGGCACAUUCUGCAGCUGCUGCGCAUCAUCACCAGACACGACCUUCUGCCUUACGUCACACUGCGCAAGAGACAGACGGUGUGUCCAGACCCGGUGGAUCAGUACUUAGAGGAGACGUCUGUGCGCUACAUUUUUCCCCGAGGAAGCAGAACAGAGAGUCCACAGGUCACGCCGCACAGAUGCGCAGGUCCACAGCCUGUGAUUCGUUGCCCCUCUCCUGAGGUGUGUCAGCCCCGCCCCAAACCGGCCACGCCCACUCCAAACAGGAAGAGGAAGCGAGCUCACAGUGCGGCGGACUGCCGGGAGAAACAGACCUGCGAUAUCCGUCUGCGUGUACGAGCGGAGUACUGCCAGCACGACUCGGCUCUCCAAGGCAACGUCUUCUCCAACAAGCAGGAGGCCCUGGAGCGCCAGUUCGAGCGCUUCAACCAGGCCAACACCAUCCUGAAAUCGCGCGACCUCGGAUCCAUCAUCUGCGACAUCAAAUUCUCCGAGCUCACCUACCUGGACGCGUUCUGGCGCGACUACAUCAACGGCUCGCUGCUGGAAGCGCUGAAGGGCGUCUUCAUCACAGACUCGCUGAAGCAGGCCGUCGGCCACGAGGCCAUCAAACUGCUCGUCAACGUCGACGAGGAGGACUACCAGGCGGGCAGGAGGAAGCUCCUGAGGAACCUGAUGAUGGGGGGAGGGGUGGGGGCGGGGCUAGGGUCAGGGUCGGCUGGCCAGGGGGCGGGGACUUCAUAAUAAUAACUGUAAGCUUGUUGUGUCGUGGAAUGUGGGCGGAGCCGAGCCGAGUUACAAGGACCUGAUGAACAGAUCACGGAGAAAGGACGGCUGUGAACGAGAGAGACGGACCGAGAGCAUCUGGGAACGGGGAUUUAAAAGAUUUUUGGUUCCUAAAGUAUGAAAAUAAUAAUAAUUGUAAUAAUAAUAAUAAUAAUAAUAAUAAUAAUCGUUGGCGAUAUACAGUAUAUCCAUCAAUGUGCCAACGAAGCACUAAAAAGUUUUUAAUAUAAAUUUUAAAAGUGAUCAAUUCGUCCGAAAAUGAAAUGUAAACGUAGUCGAUCAGCCAAGACGUGUUUGUUGUCUGAAGUUUUUUUUUUUUUUUUUUUUAAGUUUUGCGCUGGAGCUACAAAGCUAAAGUAGCUAAUAAAUUUUAGUAGAAUAUCACCCAGAACGUUUUCUAUAAUAAUAAUAAUAAUAAUAAUAGUAAUAAUACAAAACUACGUUAAAUAAGCGAUUCACUUUGUUCAAGAUGGCCGCCGUGAUAACGUUCCAGAGUGAAGCUACGCAGUAACGUUUAGCUCGUGUUUAUAGAGAACAGGAAGUCGCUCUAUCAUGUUCGUGUGACAGUUCAUGUGAAAGAAAGAUGUGGGUUUGAGGCAGAUGUUUUGUGUGAGAUAGACUUCCUUUAUUUGUAAACUGCGUUAGCCUCGUAGCUCCAGGUUUAAAAAAGAAAUGAACCCUUUGGUCUUUGGUUGAUUGAUUACGUUUCAGGAAAAAGGUUGAAUUUCACUUCUUGCCAAAUUGUUCCUUUAAGAGAGCGCCCCCUUGUGGAGAACCUAGAGCUCAUUGCACAAAUGGUUCUCUCAAAUCCCAGACUCUCCUACACCUCCUCUUUUUCUCCUCUCUCUCUCUCUCUCUUUCUCUUUCUCUUUCUGUUUAACCCCUGAAAGAAGUAUAGAAACAUUCAUUUGAUGAAGAUCCUCAGUGACUGUUCCAGAAGACUCCAAUGCUGAUGAAGUGGAAUAAAAAAAAAAAAAGAUUUUGUACGAUUUUCCUAUCGGAAUUAAACAACGUUACAAAAACGUGGUAUCUAUUAUAUAGGCUGUAUGUUCUGGUGAUGUUUUGAGUGCUUGUCCAUUAAACCUGCAUGUCAGCGAUUCGCUAACGUCACGGUGAGCUAGGCAUGUGCCGAUAAUCGAUUACAGCACACACGGCGGCGUUCGACACGCACUAACAGUGUUAUAUUAUGGACGUGUGUCCCCUCUGAGUAUGCAAUCCCAUAAUUCAAUUCAUUAUGCCAUUUUGGAAUGUAGUAUUUUUUUUAAACACGGUAUUGUGAUGUUCUUAUUAAACCUGGAUAAAAUGCUGCGAUAAUAAAAAAAAAAAUCACAACAUGAAAAUAUCGGUAAUAUCGGCACAUGCCUAUUGCAGAUAAACACGCUGUGUUCAGUAGACUUCAAAUCUCCUAAAAAGUUUUUUUUUUUUUUUUUCUACGACAUUUGCAGAUCACCGUUGCCGGUAAAACUGACAUGGCGAGCGUGUCGGUCCCCCGACGUCAUCAGAACUCAUCCAUUGGCUACAAUUACACUUUUUACGUUGCACUGUUUACGUUAAAAAAAAAAAAAAAAAAGUUAGCUUGCUGUCAAAUAAGCUAGCUAGUGUUAGAUUUACAAGGUUGCUGUCGGAGAAGCAAAACAGAAAUGGCUAAGUAUUAAAUAUAAAUAUGUCAACGUUCUACCAAGACGUAGCUAAAGGUUACCUACGGAACCUUGAUGAAGAAUGGUGGCGCAGGGGAUCGCCACGCUCCUCCACACCGGCACAGUUUGUUUUUUUAUAUCGAGUGUUUCACGUCCUGAAAGGACCAUCAUUCCGAAUCCGAAUAAAGUGCUGCGAUAUGACAAUUUACUUUUUUUUUUUUUUCUUUUUUUUUUGGAUGAAGAUUUAUUUCUGGUUCCCACGGCGACGAUUGUGUUCAGUGAUGCGUCUACGUGCGUAGUAGCUGACUGAUUAAUAAUUAAGUGUACAAAUCAAUAAAACAGAUUGUUAAAAUAGUGAA